CCCUGCCCUGAUUUUGCUGUUUCUGCUUUGGCAACAGCGCUGUGUGAUCCUGCCCGCUGCGCAGCAUUGCACUUUCCCAUCUCAGCCCAACACCAACUGGACGGCCCACGGGUGACGGACGGGUCGACGGGCUACCCCUCCAUCUCUUCGCUUCCACGGUCCCUUGCCGUCCCUCCACCUCCCCUCCAUUCUUUCCCCCCUCUCUCCCGUCUUCUCUCGCACCCGAACGCUCUCUCCACUCACUCACCUUUCUCUGUCCUUCUCCCGGGCACUUCCCUCUCACAUCACCCACCCUUAUUACGUUGGCUGGGCUGGAAUCGACUGGAUAUUCGUCUAUUGGUGUGUUCAAUAGACAGAUUCCCAUCCUCUCACCCAACCAAAGGCGAUCACAGUCCCACCAGCCUCCUAAAUAAAACCAAUCUACCACGUACACCCGUAAACCAAACUAGUCACUACUACACAUGCACACCAUUUAAUCCGUGGGCUCCCCUCCGUCAUCAUCGCACAUCCUUUGUUCAAACCCGCCUGCAAAUCUAUACCAUCCAGCCGAACCGUUGUCGCCCGUUUUGACUUUUCUCUGCCGCUUCCCGAAAACAGCGUUGCCCUUCGACGCCUCCAUCGCAUUUAGCGAUGGCUGGAGUUUAUAGAGAAACCACUCGGGUUUACCGGGACCCGACUGAGUACUCAUCCGAUGAAGACCGAUUCAAGACCUCCACAGUUCGCCGUUACAAAGUAGCGCCAAACCGAGUCGAGAGGGUCGAGCGCACUGAGCGUGUCGAAGUCGAAGAAGACGACCGCCGGUCACGAUACUCAGGCUACCCGUUGCGCACCUCCGGCGAGUAUGGCUAUGCUCCCGAUCGCCCGCGCUCCGCCUUCGACUCCCGGAGUCAGGUUGUUGAGCGCACGGUAACCGAGCGUGAGCGCGAAGUUAUUGACCCCUACAGAGGUGACACCCGCAGCGUCGUCUACGAAAAGGAGUACGAACGUGAACGUGAGCGCGCACCCCGCUUCGAUGCCGGCCGCUUCGACGAUGUUCGCAGCGUCGCCGAUAAUCGAAGUGUAAUCGAAGUCGAGCGCGAGCGCGUUGACUGGGACCGCCGUUCCAAUAAGUCUCAUCGCCACCACCACCAUCACCAUUCACCCGAGACAGAAGUCAGAGUCGACAAGCGUGUGGAACGCCGUGAGGAUGGAGACGUCACAGUCGAGAAGCGCGUUGAAGAGUACCGGGACGAUCAUGGCGGGGCAGAGGUCGAGAGAUACCGCAAGGAGACCGAGUUCUACUCUCCCGUCAGCCCCCCACCUAUCCCCCAACCCGUCAUCAUUCGUCAGCAAGCCCCGGAGCCCCAGAAGAUUAUUGUCCAGGAAGCUGCACCACCCGCGCCCAUCAUCGUACCCCGUCAAGAACCCGGUAUCGUCGUCCUGAGAGAGCGCGAGUCCCCUCGCGAGGUUGUCCGUCGCGAUCCCCGCGAAGAUGAGUACUACUACCGCCGUGAGACAAAGGAGCUUGGCCCGUAUCGCCGAGAUGAGCGUGAGUACCACUACGACCGACGAGGCCGUGGUCGCGGCGAAUACAUCAGCGACGACGAGGAUUACUACAUGAAGCGGACUGUCAUCCGCCGAAACCGAAGCUCCAGCUCAGACCAUCAUCACAAACGCCAUCUUGCAGAGGGAGCCCUCGCUGGCGCCGGUAUCGCUGCUCUCGCUGCGAGUCGAAGAGACAGCCGCGGUGAGCUUGGUGCCAACCGUGGAAGCAAAGUCCUCGCUGGUGCUGCCAUCGGUGGCCUAGGCACUGAAAUCAUUCGACGGGCUCGUAGCGCGUAUGAGGACACCUAUCAUGACGAUCAUCACUACGGGUCUCGCUCGAGAUCUCGCAGUCGCAGCUCCCGCAUCAAGACCGGCCUCGGAAUUGCUGCCGCCGCGCUCGCUGUUGCAGGCGCCGCAAAGUAUUACCAGAGUGGAAAGAUCGAAAAGGAAGAAAUGCAUCGUGGUCGAAGCCGCGGCAGAGGCUACUCUGUUUCAAGCUACUCUGUAUCUAGAUCUCGUAGCCGCAGCCGCAAGAGCCGGAAGAGCCGCAGUCGUUCCGUGGCUAAGGCUGCCGCUGCUACGGCUGCCGCCGCGGGUUUGGUCCAGCACUUCCGCAACAAGUCCAAGUCCAAGUCUAGGAGUAGGUCGCGGUCUAAGUCUCGCAUCAGGACUGGAGCAGAGAUUGCCGCUGCUGGUCUGGCAGGCGGAGUCGCUAGCAAGAUUUAUAAGAACCGCAAAGAGAAGAAGGACCGCGAGGUAGAUCGAGAAUUGGAAGAGCAGGACUACGAGGAGGAAGUCCGGCGGGAACGGCGCGAACGUCGUCGGUCGCGCAGCAGGUCCCAGGCCCGCUCUCUAUAUUCCGAGCCGCGCAGCGCUGAUCCUGAGCUAGGCUUAGUUGAGUACGGAACAGAACCGCUGCCGACCGACCCGCCUUACCCGCCGGACGACGGGUAUGAGUCUGCAGCGAACGAGAGGCGACGCCGUCGACACCGGCGUAUGUCUGGCGAUGAUUACGACGGCCACGAGCCGGCGAAGAAGAGGAGCAAGAGCCGAUUGAGAGACAUGGCGGCGGCAGCAGUCGGAACGGGAGCCGCUGCGAUUGGACUGAAGCAGUACCAAAAGAAGAAGGAGAAGGAGGAGGAGGAAAGACGAGAGGAGAGGCGAGAAGACAGACGGUCGAGGGAGAGGAGCGCCCGAUCCCGCUCCAGAGACCGAUCCGUCACACGCGAAAGGACUUACUCAAGAGAACGCGCCUACAGCAGGGAACGCAGCACAGACGACAGGAUGAGGAACAGGGAAAGAGAAAGAGACCGCAGGAGAUAUGAAGAGGAUGCUCGGGAUGACGGGUACUACGACAACUACAGCCGUCCUCCCUCACCUCCACACGCCUCUGGCGGCUCAUUCUACCCGCCACCGCCAGCAGCCGCCGCAGGCUUCACCCAGCAUCCCAACAUUUCCACGGCCAACCUUAGAGAUCAGUAUCCGCCGUACCCGUCCUCGGACUCGGUGUACCCUCCGGGACCACCGCCAAUGGGGCCAUCUCCACCGAUGGCCACAGGCGGGGCCGGCGGCUAUCCUCCCCCUCCACCUGCUGGUGGUCAUCCACCUCCAGGCGGUGGCCCGCCGGGAACGAGAUUUGGUCCUGACCAUAUGGUUUAAAGUGGCGAGAGCGUGUCAAAAAGUUUCUCCCCGAGUCACUAUCUAGGUCUCGUUCCCAGUCGCAACCGCGAUCCCGGUCGCGGUCCUUGUCUCCUACGUCUUCAUCGGUGUCAAGCACUUUAUCCGCAAAGCGCCCUCACACGGCACAACAUUCUUCCUCCAAGUCUGUUGCCUUUACCCUGUCACCCCAAUCAUCCCAAACCUUGCGGCUGCACCGCUCAGCCCAUGAGCAGCAGGCCGAGGAAGAGGCUAGGAAAGCGGAAGAAGUGCCGGACCUCAGCGAAGAGCAACUGGCGACACUGCGGCCUGUCCUCAACCGCAGGCGUUCCUCCUCGGAUCCGCCUAGUAGCAAAUCGGUCUCCCGUCGCCGCAAGAGGGAAAUCGAAACCCCACCAGAAUCGGAAGACGAGGUUGAGGUCCUGCCCGACCGCUUUGAUACUCAGGGACGACCCGUUGGUGGUGGUGGCACUUCGGGGGCCAUGCGAUGGAGACAAGGGGCGUUCGAAAGCCGGCCACGAAACGGCAAAGGAUUGCAUUCAAGCGGGGCAUGGGCUGUGGGUGGUACAGAUGGCGAUGUUGUGCAGAAGAUUGCGAGCGACAUUGAAGGCGUGAUCAGCGGGCAAAGCAGCUGGAAGAGUUUGCUGAAGGAUGUGGUGGGAGCGGUUCAGGAAGUGCAACAUGGCGGCGACUCGCGUAGGAUAGAGAACAGUGACGACGAUGAUUAUGACGACCGACGGAGGAGGCGGAGGAAGAGCAGAUGACGAUUUAUGACCAUUUCUUUGGAUCUCUUAUAUGAAUUUUGCGACGCCAUGGCUUGGCGCUUUUACAUUCUACAUUCUUGGGACCUAGACACGACAUGAUGCUACAGAUAACGAAUUUAUGACUCUGGUUCGAGACACUGUUGGUAGAUAUCAAUACAUGAGCAGAG